AUAAAUACAUCAGGAGGAUCGUCUUGUCUAUAUACAGAAAGUACAGAGUGUAAUCAGCAAGCAUGACGUUCGCCUGCGUAAACAAAACCGCUAUCAGUAGGUGUUUUAUGCUCGAGAAAAAGUGUCGGUCAAAUUUGGUUCCGAAAUUGUGCGAAAACUACGUCCAGUGUCAGCGUAACAGCUCCAGAGCCGCGGUUUACAGUGAAAGUAAUUCGACAGCAGCGAUGAACAAACGUACGGAAAUGCCAAUGCGCCACCUGUUCGACGGUAGCGAUCUGAAUGUGUACGAUCAGCAGAUCGCAAAUUUGUCCGCCGGUGCACCAGGGCCGGAUUUGUUGGUCGAAUGCUGCGAAAUCUUCCGCGUCGCCACCGAGCAUAGGAUGAAAUUUGAAUUGGAAAACAAUUCUUAUUUGUUCCAAUAUGGACCAACCAUUGGGACCACAGAGUUCCGACAGUCUUUGGCCGAUUUUUUGUCUACGGGCUAUCAAUCGAAAGUCAACAAAUCUGAUCUAGUGCAAACAUCGGGAGCAACGCAUGGUUUACAUCUUAUUCUAUCGACAUUGAUAGAUAUGGCAGGCAUCAUCUUUGUAGACGAAGUCACCUACAUGAUAGCUCUGGAAGCUUUUCGCCAGUUUGACUUAAUGAAAGUGGUAGCAGUGCCCCUUAAAGCCGACGGUCCCGAUUUGAACAUCCUUGCCAAACUUAUCGAACAGCACAAAUUCAAACCAAAAGAAAAUAAGCUUUUCUGGGGUGUAUAUUAUACUAUUCCAACGUUCCACAAUCCAACCGGAAUACUGUUUUCGGAAGAUAUUAACAAAGAGUUGAUAAGAUUGGCCAGAUCGAGCGACAUAUUGAUAGCUUGCGACGAUGUAUACAACCUGCUGUAUUAUUCAUCCGAUAGCACGGGUUCACCACUACCGCCCCCAAAACGUCUGUUUGCAUAUGAUAUUGAUGAUAUGGAGGACCAUAGCUGGAAAGGAAAUGUUAUCUCCAAUGGUUCUUUUUCGAAGAUUUUGUCCCCUGGAAUCCGUUUGGGGUGGAUGGAAUGCCCACCUCGAUGCAUGGAGGCCUUUCGCGUCAGUGGCGUUCUCAAAAGCGGUGGUGCAGCUAAUAACUAUACCGGAGGGAUUGUAACCAGCAUGAUCCAGCUAGGAUUGGCUCAGCAACAACUCAACUUGUAUGCACAAAAAUAUGGAGAACGUCUCAGAGCUGCGUGCCAAAUGCUACGCGAUAAACUGCCAAAACAGUGUUCCUACCUGGCACCUAAUGGAGGUUACUUUAUUUGGAUCAGAUUUCCAGAGCAAAUCGAUUGCAACGAGUUCAACCAAUAUUGCAUCAAAAACUACAGCAUUUCAGCCAUUGCCGGAAGCAGAUUUUCAUCCGCUGGGUCACACAAAAACUACAUGCGACUAACUUUCGCCUUCCAUGAUGCUGACUUUCUGAGGCAAAGUGUUGGAAAGUUAUGUCAGGCCAUUGAAAAAUAUUUGGCUGAAAAGGAUAUUCGAACGGAUUAAUCAUCGAAACGGGAACAAUCACGAUCAACUUAAAGAAUCAGUAAAACCAAUCGAAACAAUCACAUUAUAUUUACAGAACAUUUAAAAAUAUUAGAGGGAUUCACUGAACAGCGUAAACAGCUGCGUAACCCAUGAUUAUCUGCGUAAUGAAGUUUCAUAAAAUUGCGAAUCAAAAAUUACCUUGGUGAGCGCGAUGUUUACUAGGAUAAUACUAUGCCUCUCAAGAAAAAUCAGAAUAUGGCGAUUAUCUGCCUCUGGCUUAUGAUACAAGCGCGACAACUACUUAUAACAGUGCACAGUGGUCCACGAACCAGAUUUACGAGGAAAGAUGCAUUCAACGAAUAGAGUUAAUAAACUAUAGAGGACGAAUGUCGCUGCUGUUCCCUUUGUUCUCGUUCGCAAACAUCCCGGGUAUCUAUCUGUCAAACUGCAUACUUUUUCGCUUUGACACUUAUAUCCCUCCCUAUCUUCGCCAGCAAGAGAUGAUGCGGCGGCGACGCCAGCGACAUUCUCCCUCUAUAGUUUAUUACCUCUAUUAUUCAACGCCUUCAAAUGAGCUUUUAGGCAUAUUCGGUCUUAUACAAAGUUGUCCCUAAUAAUAAGGCCCUCUUUCCAAUGUGCAUGAAAAUUAGGGUGGUCCAUAUUUUUAAAGAUAUUGGUAAGCAAACUUUUUUAUUUGCAAGAAUAACUAUAUACAUUCUUCGGAAAAGUUGUAGAUCUAUCCAUUUUGAGCAAGUUCCAUGCGCUGAGAUGGUCGUUAUCUCUUUUGGUUCAAAAGUUACAGGCGUUUUUCUUAAAAAAAAAAUCAUAGUUUUUUAAAAAGGUGUUAUGACGGAUUGGGGCAAACAUAAAAAAUAUAUUUUGCCUGCAUUCAAGAGAAGAAAUGUUGUUAUAAAACAUAUCAAAAAAUUAGAGGGGUGUUAUUUUUGUAACUCAAGUGAAAAAUACUUAAAAGGGGCCUAUUUUUUCUAGAAAAUCAUUAAUAUCUUUUGAACGGAAUGACGUAGCAACAUUCUCAGCGCACGAAAAUGCUGUUUUUGGAAGCUCUAAAAGAGGUUCUUAGGCGACUUUGACGAGAAAUUUGUAACAAAAAAGAUAAAGCAAUGAAACGACUUGUUUUAGCGUCACCCUAUGAAAACUAUGGGAAAAUGCUCCAAAUUUGGUUGAAACAGUUUAAACACUAUCUUUUUUGUUUCAAAAUUCUCAUCAAAGUUGUCUAAGAACCAUUUUUAGACGCACGACGCGUCUUCAAAUGCUCUACAAGUGUUUCUUGAUGAAAAAUCGAAACUGAAAAAGUUAACGCCAGAAAACCGGUGUUUCUUGAACCACCCUAAGCUAAUUCAGAAAAAUAUCUCUAGAUCGAUAAAUUUUAAAGCUACAUAAAAAGUGCCUUCAGCAAAUUUGCCCAAUAUUGAUAGAUCUACAACUUUCCCGAAGAAUGUAUAUAGUUAUUCUUGCAAAUAAAAAAGUUCGGUUCCCAAUUUCUUUGAAAAUAUGGACCACCCUAAUUUGCGUGUAUAUCGAAAAGAGGGCCUUAUUUUUAGGAACAACUUUGUAGAAGACCAUAUUAAUCUAGAAAAUCAUUUGAAGGCGCUGAAUGCAUCUUUCCUCGUAAAUCUGUUUCGUGGACCAUUGUUCAGUGUCACCAGAUUCUUAAAGUAUUGCUGACUGCACCCCAAAUUGGACUGACACAACAGUGUGCACACACCUUCAAAGUGUGAUUGUGGCGUAUGACCACGUCGGAUCGAGUUGGGGUCUUCGGUGCACUUAUUCCUUGUAAACGAAGGAAUAACUGCACCGAAGACGUCGAGAUGAUCCUAGGUAAAUGUACAUUUUUAUCACGCUUUUUAGACGUCUCAAUAAAAAUGUGAUAGUCCAAUUUGGGUGAAAUCUGCAAUAUUUUAUUCCAUUAUAUGGGGUUUGACAGCAAAGCAAGCACACUUAUUUCACUGAGCCUUUCCUGUCGUACAUCACAAAUAGGUCUUUUCAGUUGACAGGUCCGUGUAUGCCACUGUUUACAACUGCCGAAUAAAGGCGCAAACGCUGAACUGUCAUAUUCAUUGAGUUGUCCAAAAAAAGUCUCACGAAACCUACUGCAAGCCUAUCCAUAAACGUGAGAACAAAAGAUGUUUACAAAGUUCUUACAGAUAGAUUAACACGGGAAAUCUGAACACAAACCACUACCACACCUGAAUUUGGAUUGGUCAAUAGGAGAUCUGUCAAAGGCGUCCAAAAUCAGCUGAUUUUAAACGUCUUCUGAUUAGGCCUAUACAUUCAAAAACAUCUGUCACUUUGCGAAACCCACGUCCCAACUAACAUUUUUGCUGUAUAAAAGUUUAUCGAGGUUUCUUCCAAGAGCGUUCGCUACAUAAGCUGUUAUGCAGCUAAUUUUGUUAGUAGGGGUGCUAUUUUUUGGCAGGAACAUAUUUUCUUUUGUUUUGCCUUACGAGUGCCUUGCGGCCGUACGUUCGCCACCAGACUCUAAUGAAAGAUUAGACACAGCUUUUUACGCUGUUUAGUCCCCAUAUCAUAAAGACAAUACUCACCAAAUAAAUAAUCACCUUUCAUUGAUAACACAAUGUUUUAUAAUCAAUAAAUUGCAUACCCAUCAAA